AUGGAGCCGCUCCAACAGCUCAGGCGUCGGUCGUCCGACCUCCUACACCACGUCCAACAGAGCCUUCCCUCGAUGUCGCAGUUGCAAAUGCCCGUCUUCCGUAGGCAAUCGCAGUCGCAGGUGCAGUCACCGACCCAGGCCCACGUCCAUUCCAGGCAGCCGUCCAUGAAGGGCACGUGGGAGCGUGUAGACAUCCCGCCGCUGCCGCGCUCCUCGCACUCGCUCAACGUCAUCUCCGGCUCCGCCUACAUCUUUGGCGGCGAGAUGGCGCCCGGCGAGCUGUGCAGCAAUGACAUGCACGUUGUCCGGCUACCCUUCAGCAGCGCCGGCGCCGACUACUACGCCAUCGAGGCCAAGGGCGCCCCGCUAGAGCCUCGCCGGCCGCUGCAGGAGCCGGAGGAGAGUCGGGGAGAGCGUCAGGACGAAGGCCGGGCGGCAGGCUUGGACGACGUGCCGUUGGAGGACAGCGUGCCGGACAAGGGCAAGGGACUGGCAGGUCCCGUGUCGCCGGGUCGUGACGACGUCCCGGCCCCUCGCACCGGCCAUGCCACGGCCGUCAUCGGCUCUCGCAUCUUCGUCUUCGGCGGCCGUGGCGGUCCCGACAUGAAGCCACUCGAGGAAGCCGGCCGCGUUUGGGUCUAUGACACCAGGUCCAACACGUGGGCGUUCCUCGAUCCCGUGCCGGCCGUCAAGGGCGGCGCCAUCGUCCCCCAUCCUGCCGCGAGGAGCGGUCAUUGCGCGACCUCGACAGAGCAUCCCCGGGAACUGAUUCGGCCCGUUCCCCGGAAGCCCCAGAACUGGCGGCAGUGGGCGCUCGGGGACUCCUCCCGAACCGGAAUUCCGCAAGCACCCAUCGUCGGUAAGGUCGCCGAGGAUGCCGUUGACCAAGAAUCCGACGGCUACGGCACCUUCCUCAUCCAUGCCGGAUGCCUCGCCAACGGAGACGGUACCAACGACCUCUGGGCUUUUGACGUCCGCGCCCGCACCUGGGUCGAGCUUCCAGCAGCACCAGGCCCUACCCGUGGCGGUACGGCGAUCUGCAUCAGCAAGAGUCGACUCUUCCGCUUCGGUGGCUACGACGGCAACAAUGAGGUUGGCGGCCAGCUCGACUUCCUCCACCUCGAGCUCGAUACCUUUGACGACCGCACCACGAAGGGCGAAAUCUCCAUCCGAGCCCGCCCCGGAGGAUGGCAGACCAUUGACUCCAGCAAAGACGAGGAUAAGGACAAGGACAGGAUCGUCGAUGCCGGCAAGGACAAGGACACGGACACGGACAAGGUCGAGGUCAAGGACGAGGUCAAGGACGAGGUCAAGGACGAGGUCGAAGACGAGGUCAGGAACCCGUACAUGGACACGGACACGGACAAGAACCCGGACACGGACACGGACACGGACACGGACAGGAACACGGACAUGGACACGGACACGGACAAGGAGAGGGACACGGACAAGGAAACGGACACGGACAGGGACAGGGAAACGGACGAGGCCGACGCCGACGCUUCGGCAGCCGAGAUCCCCAUCGUAACACGCCAGACCUGGCCUUCGCCGCGCAGCGUCGCAUCUCUCGAGGCGCUCACCAUCGGCGGCGGCCGCGAGUACCUCGUCCUGUCCAUGGGCGAGAGCGCCCCCUCCGGCGCCGCCGACGCUGGCAUUGGUGGUACCUUCCUCAACGACGUCUGGGCCUUCCAAGUUCCGCCCAUCGGCAUGACGCCGGCGAGCCUGACGGAUGCGAUGCUGCAGGCCAUCGGCAGGAAAACGGGCGAGGGUUCGUGGAUCAAGGUAACCAUGAAGCCGUUUGAUGACGACAAAGGUGACAGCGAGCCAGCUCCGAGAGGCCGGCUAGCGAGUGCGCCGAUGACAGAUGUCGAGGAGGGUGGCAUCGUCAUCUGGGGCGGAAUCGGAGAUGGAAACCAGCGGAUGGCCGAUGGCUGGAUCUUGCGCCUCGGCAGCUAG